GCUUUCAACCUCAGAACUGAGAGGACUUGAUUGCUGUCAUCGCUGAUGAUUAGUGGUAGAAGCGGAGGUUCUGGUUCCACUUAGCUAGUUAUAAUCGACUGUUCACACUUUUGUAGCUGCACAGUUAAUAAUGUAGCCUCACAAAUGUGGGGGGGUUAGCGACCUCAAGAGAAAGGCGAGCACUCUUGGGGGAUCAUAGCUGACAGGUUGCUCAGGUGGACAUGGAGGUAAAGUGUCUUGACAAAGUUUCUUAGUUCCUGCUGUUGGAAAAGUAAUUCUUGCGGUGCCGUAUGGCAGACAGGAGAUCUGGGAAACACAGCCUGGUGUUGAGGGGCCGUCUGCAUCCUUCUCUGUGGUCCCAAACCAUGAAUAUUGUGGGCCAGCUAGCAGAGACGGUGUUUGUGACGGUAAAGGAGCUGUACCGCGGCCUCAACCCCGCCACUCUCACAGGAGGGAUUGAUGUCGUCGUAGUGCGACAGCCCGAUGGGUCUUUCCAGUGUUCCCCGUUUCACGUCCGCUUCGGCAAGCUCGGCGUGCUGCGCUCCAAGGAGAAAAUUGUGGACAUUGAGAUAAAUGGAGAAUCUGUGGAUCUGCACAUGAAGCUGGGUGACAAUGGAGAAGCUUUUUUUGUGGAGGAAAAUGAAAAUAUGGAGGUGCCAGCCCAUCUGUGCACCUCGCCGAUACCUCUUGAGGUCCCAGAUGAAACGGAGGAGGCCACUGAGGGCUCCUCCUUAACUGGGUCCUGUUCCCGCAAGAAGAAACGGCGGCGGAAACGCAUGCGCUCCGAAUCUCACCUCAAAGAAGAGGUCAGCUCCUCAUCGGAUGAGAGAGAAAGUGAUCAUGCUCAACAAGAGUGUACACCUUCAGAGGAGCUUGCCACAAAAUUGCAACUCAGUAAAUCGGUGUACUAUUCAUUGUCUGAGGAGGCAAAUGAGGAUCCUGGGGCCACCCAGACCAGAGAGACUCAUCCACAUUCAGAUGGAGAGCAGUCACCUUCAGAAAAUGUGUUCUUCAGUCACUCGUCUUCUCCUAAGAGCGACUCUGAACUCAUGUUUAAAACUCAAGAGUCACCUGGUCCUCAGAUGCAGUGGAACUGGGGAGGCUUUCCCACACUGUGUCAACCAGAGAAGACGGCAGUGGAUUCACAGGGUUGUUCUUCUUCCGACAAUUUUCAUUUCCGUGCCAUUAAAAGACAAGACUCCUUUGACAUGAGCUACGAUCCUGUGAUUAGCUGUGGGACAGUGGGCAGCGUCACUGUGGUGAAACCACAACCUCUGACUCACGUGCUCGAUUUAGAUGGACGCAACAUGCAAACCAUUGCUUUAUCCAAAGAAAACAGUCACAUUUCCAUGUCUGCCUCCAGUGACGUCUUCAAGUCUUGUGCCUUAUCGAUGGAUAUGCCUCAUGCUUCUGAGGCUGCAAUGGAACAGGAGCAGAACAGAGACUUGUCUUCUAAUUCAGUCAGUAAAUGCACCGAUUCCCUUACUAACAAAGGAAGCACACUGACUGUUGUUAGCCCAGUUAGCCCUGAAAAUGAAAGUACUGUGGUCAAAGUGGCCACACCAAGCAAUGCACAAAAACAACUCAUUAAAGACCACACGGACCUAGAAACAAGUCCAAGUAAUCCAAAAUCCUGUAAUGCACAACAUCAGGGAACGCUAUCUGACCAAGGUGAGCAGAGUUACAGCAGUAGCGCUCCUGUGAGUGAAGGUGACAGUGGAAUCGAUCCUUUCUCUGAGGGAGGGGAAGAGAACAGUGAACCCAGAGGGAGUGAGGGGUCAGCAGGAGCUUCUCCAAGACCCGAAGUGACAGACGCUGGGGUCAGCCUGCCCGCUGCAGAGGCAUCUGCAGCAUCUUCUAAAGCAGAGCAACAGGAUAAGAUAAAAGGUAAACGUAAUCACCACCUAGGACCGACAGAUAUUUACCUGGAUGAUCUGACCACACUGGACCCGGAGGUGGCCGCACUUUAUUUCCCCAAAAGUGAGGGAGAGGGAGCGUUUCAGAACGGGGCAGAGCAAGGCUCCCGUUCAGGAAGCCAGUCGCCUCAAUCAGUGGGCAGUGGGGCAAUGGACAGUGGCACCGAGUAUCUGUCAGAUAACACCUCCUACAACAUGGAUGUCAGCAUGUCCCUUUGCGGACGAGAAGGCAACACCAGCAAGAUCACGAAAGAAAAGUUUAUGGAGCACCUUGUGACAUAUCAGGAUUUUGCCAAGAAUCCAGGAAUCAUUGAGGAUCCAAGUCUUGUCAUCUGCAUAAACUCCAACUAUUACAACUGGGCAGUGGCUGCUCCAAUGGUUUUGUCAAUGAUGUCCUUUCAGAAAAACCUACCAAAGAGUACAAUAGAGCGACUGGUGAAAGACAAGAUGCCCAAAAAAUCUGGACGCUGGUGGUUUUCCUGGAGAAGGAGAGACAUGAACAACAGCCAGCAAAAAAACUCAAAGGAGGAGCCAGAGGAGCCACUGGCAAGUGUUUCUUCCACAGUAAAAGCGACACUGGAUGAUGUGGACAGUGAUGAGGCAGCGGGCCUUGGACGAACAGCUGUCAUUUCUUCCAGUCUUUCAACAGAAACCCUCAACACGGCUCAGUCUAUCAGCCAGCUGUACCGCAAAUCAUUACGUCUGACGUCUAAACAAAUCGAGGAUUUAAACCUGCAUGAAGGAGCGAACAAGGUGGUGUUCAGUGUGACCACACAAUACCAGGGCACCUGUCGCUGUGAGGCUGCUAUCUACCUGUGGAACUGGGACGAUCGUGUGAUCAUAUCUGACAUAGAUGGCACCAUCACCAAGUCUGACGCUCUCGGUCAUAUCCUACCUCAGUUUGGAAAAGACUGGACGCACAAAGGCAUCGCCAAGCUCUAUCACAAAAUACACGAAAAUGGCUACAAGUUCCUGUAUUGUUCAGCACGAGCUAUAGGUAUGGCUGCUAUUACCAAAGACUAUCUGCAGUGGGUCAAUGACAAAGGUACCGUCCUCCCCAAGGGCCCCGUACUGCUGGCUCCCAGCAGCCUUUUUUCAGCACUACACAGAGAGGUGAUUGAGAAGAAACCGGAGGUCUUUAAAGUUGCCUGCCUCGGUGACAUCAGGGACUUGUUCAACCCGCACAGACAGCCUUUCUAUGCAGCUUUCGGCAACAGGACCAAUGAUGCAUAUGCCUAUAAGCAGGUUGGAGUGCCUGAAACCAGGAUAUUUACCGUCAACCCAAAAGGAGAGCUCAUCCAGGAGAAGACUAAAGGCAACAAGUCUUCAUACAGCCACCUCAGUGAGUUGGUGGAGCAUUUCUUCCCUUUUCUCUCUGCCGAGGGCAGAACAUCCUCUGUUCUUGACUGUCCUGACUACAGUAGUUUUUCCUAUUGGAAGGAGCCUCUACCAGAGCUGGACCUGGACGCACUACUGUAGACACGCAGUGCCAAACUCAUACACAAAACAUACACAAGCUAAGGCAAGCGCAUAUACUCCUAGGUUUUUCCCCGGCUUCACUGACUGUUGCCUUUGUCAACUGGAGUGCCUGUGUAUGAGCCACCGAAUAAACUGAAACAUAAAGAGACCGCUCUCUCUUCUUCUGCUGCACUCAAAGGCGGAGCCCAAUCGAUGCACUGCCGACUGUGUCUGUUAUAUUUUGCUGUUUGUGUAUUAUACUACAAUCAAUAUGCCACAACUGGAAAACAUAUGCCUUUGAACGGUUUUGAGCUUGUUGUUACUGUGUGUACCAGUGUUACAGCAGCACAAAAAUAUAAUAUUUAAAUAUUAUAAGCCCAACAACUCAGACAUCAGCUAUGAACCUGUACAGAUAUAAAACUGAACUUUAUUAGAUGUGUGAUGCCUAAAUCCUCCAAAACAUUAAAUUAAAUGUGUUAUCCUUUAUUCUAAGAAGAUUGUAGAGAAUUUAUGACUGUGUGCUGCUGACAGCAGAAAAUGUCUUAGGAUUUGAGUGUUUGGGUGUAGAUUGCAGCUACAUGUGCUGAGAAACCAAAUAUAUAUUCAACACAUGUUUAAAAUGCUUUAUUCUAGAGGUGGUUUCCAUUCAUUUGGAUGUAACUCGUGAGGUAUUGCCUGAUCUGCAGUGACUGUUAAUGGAGUGUUUUUAAGUUAAAGUUGACACAGGUGAAUGCAAACCCCCUUGGAUGGAAAGCUGUAAUAGAAUACUACCACUGUGUCAAGUCUAAAUGUAAAGUAAGCAAGCAGAUUACAGUUUGUACACUACAUGAGUGAGAGGGCCUCAGACCUACAGCCACUUACAUUUCAGUUGAGCAGGCAGCUGUUCCACUUUGUGAUGACACUGUUGUGUUUAGUUUUUUAUUUUUUUGCACAUAUUUUGUCCUCCAACUGUGUGGCAAUGCAUUGAAGCUGAGGAUACGGCUGUUACUGUUUAGACCAAGUAUGCAGAAAUACGCAUGUCGUCAUUUGUUUUUAAUGAUAUACUUGACUUCAGUUUAAAAGAUUAAUUAUUGCAAGAGUGAAGUUAAAUUGCCAGGUGGGAUUUCUUAAAUGUGCAUUAACAUCUGUAAUACAAUAAAAGGCAAUACAAAGUAAUCAAAUAAAGAGCUAACAAAU